CGCACGAGCUCAACUCCGAGCGAGUCGCAUGAAGAAAGAGUCUCUUGAACUCAAGCCAACUCCAUAGAAAGCGAGCGAUGAGCGGCACAGAACAACUGUGCAAUAGGGGGUUCGGAAAAAUGGAGUCGUUCGAUUUCAAUCUGCCUAAACAAUGCCAAGUCUGAUUAAACGCGGUCACAUAUCGAGUUUUAUUCACCCACAACUGUGUAUCGGAAGAUAUUUUCAACAGAACCAUAACGAUGGAUAUAUCUGGCAGUUAUGUCCGUCUGUAGUUUCAUGUUCGUGUGGAUCGGGUAUGACAUCUUCAGAGUUCAAGUCAGCUACAAGUACAAUUCUCCUUACCUGCUCUAAAUGAACUUGAGCGCAC